AUGCACCUGUUCGACUACAUCAGCGGGCAACCGCAGACUCACCAUCGCAAACGACACUACACCAUCAGGGAGACUCUCGGAGUGGGCGGGUUCGCAGAGGUCAAGAGGGCGACAGCGCUCGACACGGGAAGAGAGGUCGCCAUCAAGAUCAUCCCCAAGACCCGCAUCCGCGACAUGACGCAGCAGAUCUUCCGCCAGAACACGCUGCUGACGCUCAAGCACCCGCAUAUCAUCGAGACCAUCGAGUGGUUCGAGAGCAAGGGACAUAUCUACAUCGUGUUUGAGCUGGCGGCGGGUGGAGAGCUGUUCGAGCACUUGAUCGAGUCGCCGAAUUACCGGUUCUCCGAGGCAGAAGCGCGGGAGGUCAUGUACGCGCUGGUAGACGGCGUCGCCUACCUCCACUCACGAAACAUCGUCCACCGCGACCUGAAGCCCGAAAACAUCCUCUACCGCACUCCGCCCGGCUCGCACCCCGAAAUCGGCCACGACGACUGCGUGAUCUCCGAUUUCGGAUUGGCAGCUUACGUCGACCCCAAGGGCGGGCGGCUGCAUACGGUUGCGGGCUCGGCGGGGUAUACUGCGCCGGAGGUGUAUCCGAAGGAGGGGGUGGUGGAUGGACGGGGACAGGGGAGUGGGUAUGGGCUCAAGGCGGACGUGUGGAGUUUGGGAAUCAUCGCUUUCUGCUGUCUUGGCGGGCGAUUCCCCUACAAAGAGACAGACCCAGAGAAGCUGGCGGACGAAGCACGGAGAACGAAGCUUUACUUCCCGCGGUCGUGGGACAACGUCUCCGAUACCGCGAAGGACUUCAUCCGGAAACUGCUGACGGUUGACGAAGAUGAGCGGCCGACAGCUGCCGAAGCGCUCGAACAUCCCUGGCUCCGCGUCGCCCUCUCCCGCCCUCCCUCACCUUCAGGUCACCCCGUCGCCCCUCCCGCCCAACUCCAACCGGACAGCCACCCCGACGACCACAACCUCGGCCCGACACUCUCGCGCACCGACACGCUCACCGACCAUGCGCCCAUCAUUGAGAAGCGCGGGACGUUUAGCUCCGAUACGGGUGAUAGGGCUGUUGUUUGA